AAAAACAACUAAAACAAAUGAUAACUUAACCUAAUUUUUAACAAUAUAGUAAAUUAUUUUCAGUACAUUUAAAUAUUACUUAGAAGCAUUAAUAAUGUUACGAUUAUUAGGAACACGAUUUAUAUUUAGGAUAAAUAAAUCAUUUUUAAUCAAAAAUGAAAAUAAAAAAAUUCAGUAUGUUCAAAAUAAUUUUUUAUGGCAUCAAAAUAUAAAUUUUAAUUUAAAUGAUGUGGAUGACUUAGAAGAAAAAACUGAUAAAAAGAAAAAAAAGAGUCCAAAAAUACCUAAAAUUACUCUUAUACAUCCAAACAAUUCUAUAACUAUUACUCAAUUAGAAGAUGCAGAAAAAUUAGCUGAUCGCCGAAAUCUUCAAUUAGUACAUGAUGGGAUAAUAAAAAAUGUAAAAAGCAAAGUACAGGGAAUAUUUUCAGAAGAAAAAAAAAAAGGAAGUAAUACUGUAUUUAUAUAUUCUCCAUCAGAAAAUGAAAAUAUUUCUUCAAAAGAUAAUACUGUUUGAUAUGUCUUAAAAUAGAAAUAUAUAAAAUAUUAACAAAUAUAGUAGAAUCAUAUUAUAAUUUUAUAAAAUAAAUAAUGAAUUAAAAUAUAUACAUA